AUUUUCAUAUUCUGCUGGGUUUUAUAGGUUAAGUGAGUUGUAAAUUUUGAAACUUUUGUUUAUUUUCGUCCCGUUUGACAUAGUUUUCUGUUUGCUUGACUUAAAUGAACUGUCCUGCUGUUGUGCGUUUUACAUAAAAUAAAAUGAAAGUGACAGUAACAACAUUAUCAGGAGAUUUGUUUGUUCUCGAUGUUGGAGAAGAUUUGGAAUUGGAAAAUUUCAAAGCUUUCUGUGAAAUUGAAUCUGGAUUUCCAGCUCCAGAAAUUUCGAUUGUUCAUAAUGGACGACCUUUAAUUGGUAACAAUAAAUCAAUGAAAAGUCAUGGGGUUGUAGAUGGGGAUGUUGUUGUUCUUCAACACAUUGCUUCAGGAUCUCAGAAUCGCCCCAUGAAUUUCACUGCUCCUGAUCAAGCAGGGCCUCUGACAGGUCUAGACUUCAGCAGCAUACAAGUACCAGAUGCAGUGAUGACCCCUACAGGAAGUAGGCCUGCUGCAGGAGGGGCGCCGCGGAUGGAUGACCCUGCGUAUGUUCGAGACCUGUUCCUGGCCAACCCAGACCAGCUGGCACUGCUCAAACAAAACAAUCCUAGACUUGCCGACGCCCUCGCCUCGGGUAGAUUAGAGUUGUUUGCCAAGGUGCUACAAGAUCAGAUGCAAGAGAGAGAGAAAAGACAAGAGCAGCGACUGAGGAUGAUGAACGCUCACCCGUUUGACACUGAGGCGCAGCGACUCAUCGCUGAAGAGAUAAAGCAGAAGAAUAUUGAAGCCAAUAUGGAGGCUGCAAUGGAAUACAACCCGGAAACUUUUGGAACCGUCGUCAUGCUGUACAUCACCUGCAAAGUCAACGGAUACCUGGUCAAAGCGUUUGUAGACUCUGGGGCACAGACGACAAUCAUGUCGGCAGCAUGUGCAGAGAGGGUGAACAUCAUGCGACUGGUAGACACGAGGUGGGCUGGCAUUGCCAAGGGGGUGGGAGUCCAGAGGAUCAUAGGGAGGAUUCACAUGGUGCAGGUCCAGAUAGAGAACGACUAUCUCACCACUUCGUUCUCUGUUCUGGAGGAACAACCGAUGGACAUGCUUCUUGGUUUGGAUAUGCUGAAACGGCAUCAGUGCUGUAUAGACCUGAAGACAAACGUACUGCGUAUUGGCACGACCGGCACUGAGACUCCGUUCCUGAGCGAGAGAGAACUGCCUGACUGCGCGAGACUGACAACGUCCCAUGAUGAGGUAAUGGAGACCAUGGAGGAUCGGGACAUCCAGAAGGCCAUUCUGGAGAGUCGUCAGACGGGACCUUCAGGCUCUGGCUCAAGUACAGGCACUAGACUAGACCCCUCCACAACUGUCCUAGCCACUGACAAGUUUGGAGAGCAGGAGGUGAAAGAACUGGUCAGUCUAGGCUUCACAAGAGAACAGGUCAUUGCCGAGCUUCGUCGGUUUAAUGGAGACAAAAACCAAGCAACGGCUGCUCUGUUUGCGAAGUCACUCAAGUUUUGAUGCACACUGAGUGUUAUUUCUUGCAAUCAAGCAAACUCAAAGAGUAAUUUAGGAUUUUUAGUUGAUACAGGUUUAUAUUUUGUUCUCCUUGUCAUUUUAAUAAAUUUGUUCAUAAGUUUGUAAAA